UAUUAAAUUAGUCCGACUUCAAUCACGAAAGGCUUACUGACAACGCGCUCAACGGCAAGACGUUUCAGCAUCGAGAUCUGCGAAAUUCUAUUUCGACCUCCAAGAUGACAGCAGGGGCAGGAUUUUCAAUGGGAAAAGUUUUCGCUAUCGUGGUAGCCGGGGUCGUGCUAUUCGUAUUAGGUUUUGUGAUAGGCUGGUUUUCAUCGCCAGAAGACUCGCCCGUUGGUUCCGUUGAAACAUUUGAUAUGAAAUAUAUCGCGAAAAAGCGCAAGGAGCAGAUGAAAAAAAAGGAUGAUUUUCACGAACAGUUUCUUACGAUCUUGAACGCGGAGAAUAUCGGCGAAAACCUUAGGUAUUUUGCAAAGCGACCCCACGUUGGAGGAACACCACGUUCGAAGGAAUUAGCGAAUGAGAUCGAAAGAAGAUGGAGGGAAUACAAAUUUGACAAAGUAGAACAACCGGAAUAUGAUACGCUCUUACCUUACGUUCAACCAAACGUCUCGAAUUCCGUACAGAUUUUGAAUUCCACUGGUAAUGUGACUUUCGAGUUCUCUGGAAAAGAAAAGUUGGCAGACCCGAGUGAAAACGACACUACGAUGAUCCCACCAUUUUUGGGUUACGCUAAGCAAGGAUCAGUUGAAGGGGAGCUCCUGUAUGUGAAUUAUGGAAGAACUGAAGAUUUUCAAGUAUUGAAAAAUAACUUCAGCAUCGCAAAUUGCAACGGCUACAUCGUCAUCAUGCGAUAUGGAAAGAUAUUUCGGGGUGAUAAGGUCAAACACGCUCAAGAUUGUGGGGCAGUUGGCGCUAUUUUGUACAACGACCCUGCAGAUUUUGCACCUGACGGCCAGGAUAAGGUCUAUCCAAACUACAUUUGGCUUCCAAAGACAGGAGUCCAGCGCGGCAGCAUAUUUAUUGUUCCGGGAGAUCCGUUAACCCCUGGUCUACCAUCUGUCGAAGGAGUGUUCAGAAUACCCGAAGCGAACGCUGGACUGCCAAAGAUCCCGGCUACACCGAUGCCAUACGGAGAUGCUCUUAGACUAUUAGAGAUCAUGGAAGGUGAAGACGCUCCAGGAAAUUGGCAAGGUAGAUUAAAUAUCUCCUACAAACUUGGAAACGGUGGUCUGAUGAACAACAACACUGUCAAAAUACAAGUAAAUGUACCAAACAAACGUCAAACUAUUUACAACGUCAUUGGAACAAUAUACGGCAAAGAAGAGCCAGAUCGUUGGGUAUUGAUAGGGAAUCAUAGGGACGCAUGGGGAUUUGGUGCAGUUGAUCCGUCCAGUGGUACGUCAGCUAUGAUGGAGAUAUCACGUGGUGUAAGGGAGCUUCUGAAAAAAGGUUGGCGCCCGAGACGCACCAUCAAAUUCUGCAGCUGGGGAGCAGAGGAACCAGGUUUGGUAGGAUCAACGGAAUGGGUGGAAGAAAAUGAACGAGUCUUGUCAACAAAAGCAAUAACAUAUAUAAACGUUGAUGCAGCAGUUUACGGAAACUUUACCUUCAGCGUUAGUGGCUCCCCCCUGCUAAAGACCACAAUUAAUAACAACGUUAAGGAAGUUGACGACCCCCAUGGGGAGAAGGUAUACCAUCAGAUGCUAAGAGCCCAAAAGCGUUUUGUUUAUCGAAAUUUGGGUUCUGGUUCAGAUUACGCCAGUUUUUAUCAAUUUUGCGGUGUACCAUCUGUGACCAUGACCUACGCCGGUGAGAGAAUCUACCCCGUCUAUCAUUCAGUCCACGACACGUACAAAUGGCUCCAAGGUUUGAUCGAUCCCUACUUCAAAUUCCACUUAACCACGGCGAAAAUUGCCUCGAAAGUCCUCAUGUAUAUGACCGACAGUUUUGUGUUACCAAUCAAUGUAUCAGAGUAUGGCGUAUCGCUCGAAAGCUCUCUGGAAACCUUGAGAACAAAUUACGGAAAUGAUCUUGAAGAAAACAACGUCACCUUGAGUCAUAUUAAGAAGGCAAUUAUGGAAUUUAAAAAAGAAGCAAAAAUAUUUGAAGCCGAAGGAAAUGAAGCUUUUGAGGAAAAAGACGACAUUAAACUACGAGACCUUAAUGAUCGUAUGAUCAACGUUGAGAAAGCCUUCAUCACCGCCCCAGGUUUACCUAAUCGACCAAACACAAGGCACGUGGUAUUCGCACCUUCUGUUAACAAUGCCUACGGCAGCACCAGUUUUCCGGGAAUCUCUGAUCUGAUGUUUAAGGAGAAUAAAACAGAGCAGGAUUGGUUGGAUAUCAAAAAACAGGCGUCCGUUCUCUUCCAAGCGAUUUCGAGUGCAACCGAUGUACUCAAAGCUGAUGCAUAAGAUGUUUAAAAAAAAACUUUUCUUAUGAUGGUAUUAGAAAUAUGGUAUUAGAAAUUAAUAGAUAUAGAUGAAGGGUUAUUAUUUCGCGGCCCGGAGGCAGGAUUGUAUACUCACUGAAUUUAAUCGGAACAGGAGAUAUAUCAUAUAUAACUACCUCGUAUGACUUUAGCAUUAAUUGCACUUCCAUUUGUUUUCUUACUAUCAUGAUUUGUACUGCAGUACAAUCAUGCACUGAUUUUGCAAAAAAUAAACCAUUUAAAAUGGCGGAAAGUUAUCUGCACACAAAUCAUAUCGCCUUUAAGGAACGGAAACUCUGGCAAAGGUUCAAAAUAUUGAAUCAAAGUCUGGUAUGUCUGUGUUUUGACAAGAAAUAAUUUGCAUUACAAAAUAA